CCGCCUAAGCCGGGUUUGGUUUUCGCACAAAUUGUAAACAAAGGUGAAAAUCGGUUCCUUGCUCCAUGCUCGGCUUAAACCCCCUCUUGAUACCCUGCUUCCUGGCCUGCUGGGUUAGGUUGGUCGCCGGCGAAAAGUUACCUAACAUCUUACUCAUACUGACCGAUGAUCAGGAUGUGGAGCUCCGCGGCAUGUUUCCCAUGGAGGACACCGUGAAGCUGUUGGGUCUAGCCGGCGCCCUGUUCCACAACGCUUUCACGCCAACUCCCGUUUGCUGCCCGGCUCGGGCCAGUCUGCUGAGUGGUAUGUAUGCACACAACCAUGGUACGCGCAACAACUCGGUGAACGGUGGCUGCUAUGGAACUCAUUGGCGGCGGGUACUAGAGCCUAGGGCUCUGCCAGCCAUUCUGCAACAGCGCGGAUACAAUACCUUCUAUGCGGGGAAGUACAUGAACGAGUAUAAAGGGCAGGAGGUGCCGUGGGGCUGGAACGAAUUCCAUGGCCUUCACGGGAACUCCCGUUACUACAACUAUACGCUGCGCGAGAAUGACGACAAUAUCGACUAUAUGGGGACGUAUCUGACUGAUUUGCUAAACAAUCGGACCGCUGAUUUCCUGCGAAGAGCUACCCAGCAGGUUGAAUCGGAAGAGCGACAGCCCUUCUUUGCCAUGGUGGCCCCGCCGGCGGCACAUCAGCCCUUUACGCCAGCACCCCGACACGCUGGCUUAUUUUCCAAAACGAAAGCUGUUCGAACGCCCAGCUUUAAUAAACCGAAGGAGGAUAAACACUGGUUGGUUCGCUCGUCCCGCCUGCUGUCCAACGAAACAAUCAAUACCAUAGAUUCGUACUUUCGGAUGCGUUGGGAAACGCUACUGGCCGUGGAUGAGAUGGUAGCCAACCUGGUGGCCGUGCUUAAUGAGUCGCAGUCGCUUGAUGACACCUACAUCGUUUACACCUCAGAUAAUGGCUAUCAUGUGGGACAGUUCGCACAGCCGUUCGACAAGCGACAGCCAUACGAAACGGAUAUACGAAUUCCGCUGUUAAUUCGGGGACCGGGCAUAGCACCAAAAACUCAUAUUGACACAGCCGUCAGUUUGGUGGACUUGGCGCCCACCAUUCUGGCCUGGGCCAACGUGAGCACGCCCGCCUACAUGGAUGGACAGUCAUUCAAUGAGCUUUUGUCCACCGCCACUGAUGGGGUUUCCCUUGGAGCUUUUCCUCGUUCACUGCUGAUUGAAUACUGGGGCGAGGGCAAUGCCAACACCUACAAUCCCGAGUGCCCAUGGUCAGAACUGGAUGGGUUGGCGCAAUGCACCUUGGAAGCGGACUGCCAUUGCCAGGACGCGUGGAACAAUACGUACGCUUGUAUACGAACUAUUCGAUAUCGGGAUCAUCGUAUUUACUGCGAGUUUCGCGAUCACGAGAACUUUUUGGAAGCCUAUGAUCUGCAGGUGGAUCCCCACCAGUUGACCAACAUUGCCUACGAUCUCCUGCCAAUUGAACGGGCUUUGUAUUCACUGCGACUGAAGAAUCUCACUCAGUGCUAUGGUCACUCGUGCUUUGUAUAGAUGAACUAUGACCCCUUGUUCAAUAUUUAACCCAAAUUCAUGUCUCAAGGGCAACCCAAAUCCAUUCCUAGUUGGUUUUGGAUAUUUUUGUAUUUAGAUAUCAUGUGAUUUAAGUACCUAUUAUUGUACAAUAUAUAUACAAGUUGUUUUCUUUAAACUA